AUGCGGUGGACUACACAGUCUGCAUUCCUCGCCCUCUCGGCGCUGGCCGAGGCGGCGCCCCAGUUUGGCGGUCCCGGUGGCCUCACAAUGUUGCGCUUCGGAUGUGCCAACAUAGUGGUUGACAGAAUAGAUCCCCUCGUCAACCCCGGCCAGGUCCCUUCGCCUCACAUCCACCAGAUUGUCGGCGGUAACGCCUUCAACGUCACCAUGCCCACCGACGACGUGGCCAAGCACGCCACCUGCACCUCCUGUGCCUUUGCCGAUGACUUCUCCAACUACUGGACCGCGAACCUGUACUUCAGAGCCCGCAAUGGCAGCUACAAGCGUGUUCCCCAGGGCGGCCAUGCGUACCAAUUCAACGACCGGUUCAGCACCCAGACACAGGGCGGUAUCCUGGUGUACUAUGUCUCGGCCCAGCCGGGCCAGAUCACCGCCUUCAAGCCGGGCUUCCGCAUGCUCGUCGGCGACCCCAACAUGCGCUCGCGCCCCGACACCAAGUUGAAGCGCCAAAACUGCUACCGUUGCUACACGGGGCCCAACUUCGGCGGCGACACGGGCGCCCCCUGCCAAGACGACCGCGUCGACAGCGAGGCGCUUCCCAACAAGCCUUGCCCGGGUGGCAUCCGCUCUAACAUCCACUUCCCCACCUGCUGGGACGGCAAAAACCUCGACUCCCCCAACCACCAAGACCACGUCGCCUACCCGGUCAACGGCCCGGCCACCUUCCUCUCCCUGGGCGGCAACUGCCCGGCCUCGCACCCGGUGCGCAUCCCACAACUCAUGUACGAGGUCGUGUGGGACACGACGGGCUUCAACAAUCAAAACGAGUGGCCGACCGACGGGUCGCAGCCGUUUGUGCUCAGCACGGGCGACCCGACGGGCCUGGGCCAGCACGGCGACUACGUCUUUGGCUGGAAGGACGACACGCUGCAGCGGGCAAUGGACACGAGCGGGUGCUUUGGCGCGUCGUGCGCCAACCUGCGCAUGCAGAGCAUCGAUACGGCGCGGCGCUGCGCUGUGAAGCAGGCCGCCAGGGAGGAUUAUGACAAGUGGCUCGACAAGCUUCCGGGUGUGGAGAUGUAA